AUGAGCGACCCAGCACCCGGCAACACCGGAUUCAAAUCCUCGCUCUUCCGUAUCCCGUCUCUCGAGGAGGUUGAGGCCAGACAACAAUCCGCUGCUCCGACGCUGUUUUUCAAGACAUCCGCCUCCCGCUCCUCCGACAGUCUCGGUGGCUCGACCUCGGCCUCGACCUCGAUAUCUGCUGCAGGCUUGGACCAGCCCGUUGCUGCCCGAGUGGCUCCCAAAGGAAACCGGGUGCUCGAAUACGUCCAGAAUGCCAGAUGGGAGUUUGGAAACAUCGUUGCCGACUAUCAAGUGGGUCGCACCAGCUGUGUGCUGUUCAUCAGCCUGAGGUACCAUCGGCUCCAUCCCGAGUAUCUCUAUGGCCGAAUCAAGCUCAUAGGCUCAAACUACAUCUCGCGGAUCGUGCUGUGUCUGGUGGAUAUUGAGGACCACCAGCAAGCCAUUCGCGAGCUGACGUCCACAACGAUCAUGAACAACUUCGCCAUGAUCCUGGCAUGGAGCAACGAGGAGGCUGGAAAGUACCUCGAGACACUCAAGAUGCACGAAAACCAACCGGCAGACUCGAUCAAAGAGCGGGUGGAUGAGACGUAUCUGUCCAAGGCCACCAACUUCCUGACCCAGAUCAAGACCGUCAACAAGACGGACGUGGUGACACUCUCGUCGACAUUCGGCUCGGUCAAGAGUAUCAUGAAUGCCACCGAAGAAGAGCUGUCGCUCCUCCCUGGCUUUGGCGAGCGCAAAGUGCGGCGGAUCUAUGAGGCUUUCCGUGAACCAUUCAUCGCGAGCAAAAAGCCACGGCGCACAAAGUAGGAUGCUCUAUUGCCAUGCCCAAAUACAUCCCUAUGGUAUCCAGCGGGCAGUCGAAUGCAUUUGGCUGCCAAGACUCAAUGAGUGACGACAGCGGAUAUUCAAAACAGGACAGUUUUUGGAAGAGGAGGAGUAUCUCGGAAUGCUCGCGCGCGGCGAUAGCGGGCGGGUUGAAUGCCGCGUG